UCAAAACGUGCGCAGGGCGCGCCCAAGGUAGACUUGACGACCGUGCUGCCUGAAGCAGAUGGUGCAGACUCCAAGGACGGAGGAGCUUCCGGCGCCGCAGCCUCGUUGAGUGAGGAGGUGAAGGAACGGACGCGGAAUGCUGGGCAGGAAACCGCGGACUGCAUGGGGAACCCGUCGACCUCCGCCAAGACUGGCUCUCAUGAAGUUCUUGUUGACUCAAAAUCAAGAAGCAUCAGCCCGGCGUCUUCCAGCGACGCCUCGGAGUUUUCCAGCCAGAAGGUGGAGGCAGGCAAGUCAGGCAGCGCGUCAACGUCGGAGGCCGGGGAGAAGAAGAAUGCCAAGAAGAAGUUCAAUAUCACCUCCACGGACUUGGACUUGACAAGCAGCCAGUCUGCUGGGGCCCACACCAGCCUUCCCUCUCCUCUCACCGGCCCGACCGGCAACCCGCUGCCUACAACCUCAGCCGUUCAGACUCCUCACGCUUCCUCGGCAAGCAACACGCCGCUUCUGGAGCCGCUGGCUUCUGCUCCUGUCCCAGCCUUCCCGGGGAAGAACCCUCCCAUCAUCAACGGUCAACCCCCGCAGAAGUCGGCAGACGGCCCUGCCCUGGUCCACACCAACUCGCACAAGGCCAAGAAGGCGUUCAAGAUCGAGGAUGCGCCUCCCCCUUCUCAGGGAGACGUCGACGGGCACGUGCAGAGAGUCGCCACUCGAUCCUCGAGCAUCUCGUCGAGUGAAUGCUCGUCUCGCAGAUCCUUCGAGUACAACCGGGAGAACCUCGACAUGCUGCACGAGCCUGGGAUGCGAUGGUCCUUCGACAUUCGGAGGGACAAGCAGGACAAGGACAGGAAGUUUGAGCUGGGAGAGGAGAUGCAGCUGGAAGCCAUGGACAUGAAGGAGCUCUGCUUGCUCGUGAGAGAUCUGCAGAAGCAAGUUGUCAAGUUGAAGGAGGAGACCAACAUUUUGAGGACGGAGAAUGAGAAACUUCGGUCGGUGAACUCCAAGACGAAAGAGGGUUGAUGUUGUUGAUAAAAGUCUUUUGAC